GCACAAUGGCCGGCAAAAACGACGGGCUGCUGGGCCACGGAGGCCUCGAAGACGUCAAACUCUCGCCCUCAAUCUGGAAACCGGUUCGAGCAGCCAGGUGGAGCCUCGAUCUUGUCCGCCCAGAAUUCCUCUCCUUGCGACCGGCCCAAAAAAGCAGACUGAUACGACCGACAGCAUGGCUGGAUGGCCUGCGAGGGUUUGCGGCAUUCCUGGUAUACAUCCAUCACAACCAGCUUUGGGCACACGGAGACCGCGGAAACGAAAUACUCGAAAACGCCUACGGCUAUCAGGGAAAACACUAUUUUGCAGCCCUCCCUUUUGUCCGCGUAUUCUUUUCAGGCGGGCACUUUGCAGUCGCCAUCUUCUUCGUUCUAUCUGGCUAUGUGCUCUCUCUCAAGGGCUUGCGGAUGAUCCAAGAUGGCCACCACGUAAGCGCUGCCGACAGCAUUGGUUCUGCCCUCUUCCGCCGCUGGCUAAGACUCUAUCUGCCCAUCAUUGUGGUGACAUUGGCAUGGAUGUCUAUCCGUUACUGGAGUAAAAUGUGGGUUGAUCUUCGCCCGAUGGAAGACACGUAUCGAAAAGAACUUACAGCCUGGUACCGACUGUUCAAGAACUACAGCUUCGUCUUCUCCACCGACAUCUACGAGUUUCCCGCACAGUUUCACGCACACGCCUGGUCCAUACCGGUUGAAUUCAAGGGAUCCAUUAUCAUCUACACGGUACUGUCCGCGCUCUCUAGGUGCAAGAAGAAUGCUCGUCUCUGGUGCGAGGCCAUUCUGGCCUUCUACUUUCUCUACAUCGUGGACGGCUACUAUGGCGCAAUGUUCAUGUGUGGAAUGCUGCUUUGCGACCUUGAUAUGCUCGCACAGCAAGACCAACUGCCGCGCGUCUUUUCCAUGCUGGCGGAAUUCAAGGAACUGAUCUUCUUCCACUUUUUCGUCCUCUCGCUUUAUCUCGGCGGCGUACCUUCCUUCGAUGCGCCUGAUCUCGACCGCACCGCUCUUCUCGCCAAGUCACCGGGAUGGGUCUGGCUGUCUUAUCUCAAGCCUCAGGCGGUUUUCGAUGCAAAGUGGUUCUAUCUCUUCUGGGCAGCACUCGGUACAGUUGCAUCAGUGCCUCGAUUGCCAUGGCUCAAGAAUUUCUUCGAGACGCGCUUCUGCCAGUAUCUUGGUCGGGUAUCGUUUGCACUAUACCUAGUGCAUGGCAUCGUUAUCUGGGCCCUCGGAGACCGGCUAUACGCGUUGGUGGGGUUGACAAGGUCUGCGCAUGCAGAGGGCAUCCCAGAUUGGGUCAACAAAUUCCCACUUCCUGUCAGUGGCCCACUGGGGUUGGAACUUGCUUUUUGGCUGCUACAGCCCAUCAUGCUGGGCGUCACACUGUAUUUUGCCGAAGUGGUGACCAAGCUGGUCGACGAGCCAAGCGUCAAAUUUUCCAAUUGGCUCUACCAGAAGGCGCUCGCUCAACCGACCAAGAUGCCGGGACACCAGCGCAGCUACUCUACACGAUAGAAUGGGAGGCGGUUUGUAGCGAGCAGUUCAUUCCAUAGCCAGCCACCACUUCUCCUUGAAACAAGUAAUUCCUUU